AUGGAUUUUAUGCCAGACAAAGAUGGGCACAUAGAAGUCCAUCAAGAAACGAAUUACUUGAUAGUGGCUAUAUCAUACUGCGUAUCGGUUUUAGGAGCAAGAACAGCUUUAGAGUUGUUGGGAAAACGUACUUCUCAUCUCGGGGCAAUGAAUUGGUUUAGAUUAAUAGGCGCUGCAUUUAGUAUGGGUUUCGUUGGUAUUUGGACAACGCAUUUUAUCGGAAUGAAAGCUUGCAUACUAGGUGACGGUAGUCCUCAAGCACAGUUAGGUUAUGAUCCUUGGUACACAAUUUUAUCUUUGAUAGUCCCAUUAGUCGUACUAACCCUUGCGUUCCUUUUGGUGGGAUCUCAGCCGCAAGUAAAUAUAAAACGUAUUUUAUUCGGUGGAACUUUAGCUGGUCUCACUGUUGCCAGUAUAAUAAUUGCAAUAAUAGCAUCAAAUGCAGCUAUAUACAUAUUUUUUCGUUUAAGAUCAAAGUGGAAGAAUCAAUGGCACAAAAAAUUAGGAAGUGCUUUAAUUAUGGGAAUCGCUGUUUGUGGUAUGCAUUAUACUGCAUAUGCUGGAACUCAUUAUUUCAUUACCCCUGGUCAGAUUAUCGUCAAUAGUGGUAGUAUUGGUGAUAAUUUAUUGCUCGGAUUGAAUGUUACUGGAUCAUUAAUUACAUGCGCAAUUCUCAUAACUGUUGUUGUUAUUUCGAGAAAUGCUGAACUUCAAAGAAAACGCCACGCUCAAAAAGUUGUACUAGGCGCAGCCAUAUAUAAUGAAAAUGGUUGGAUUUUAGUAUCGAAUGAUGGUUUUAUUCCUAUCAAGAAAAUUACAAAUGAAUACAAAGAUGAAUUCACAUCAUUUCAUCCUGUUUUCCAAUGGAUAUAUCGGGUAUCACAUGAUUGGAAAAGUAUUGAAAAUUGGCUCCCUUAUAUUGAAAGGCAUCUUUUAUCAAAAAAAAAGCCAGUAUCUCGUAGAGUUCCUUAUUCUAUUCUAUUUCGCGAAAUGUUUGCGUUAAGUGCAAAGCAAUUGUACGAUUCGUUAAGUAUUCCGUUAUCAGAAUCAGGAACAUUAUAUGAUCAUAUAUUAAAUACUGGACAUCUAAAAAAACAACCAACCGAUUGUUCUUCAUCCGUCAUCACUUCUACAUCAGGAAAGCAAGAUAAUAUUAGUUCAAAUAUUAUUAAAAUAGUAAAUGAUUCUAAAAAUUAUUUAAAAUCAAUGUUUAUUAAGAAUAACAAUAUUAUAAUUAAUAACAUUAAACUACAAGAACGACGUAAUGAUGAUGAUACUAAAAAACAAAAUAAUUUUGGUAAAGAUGUGCCUCCGUUAUGUAUAUCACCUUCAGCACCUUCAUUUCCGUCAUCAUCAUCAACGGAAGAACAUUUUCAUAAACUGGGUUAUCGAUUCACUGAUCCAAGACUAAUAGCUCGUCUAAUGUCUGAACAGAUUCAAGUGAGUCCGGGCGAAAUGUUAUGUUUUUUAGAAAAAAUGUUCGUUUAUUCCGAUUCGGGUUUAAAUUGCUUACUUGAGCCCGAUCGAAUUUACACUGGACUGUUUGUUCUGGAAAAAACACCCCAAGGUUCACAAGUUUUGGUAAUGGAAAAUUCUAGACAUCAAAUCCCAAUGGCUAAAUUAUCUAAUAUAUGCAAUUCUUUAAAUAAAUUUGAGUUAGAUUAUCUGAAAAGAAAAAAUGGAAUGAGAUUAACUGAUAUGCUAAGUCAAUUGGGUCAAACGUUUUUUGGUGGUUCUUAUAGUCCAACGCUCACUCCUAGCGACAAUAGCGACAAUCAUAGUCUUCGUAAUAGCAUUUAUAGCAACAACAGUGUUAACGCUAACCCGAAAAGAUUGGAUUUAGAUAGUCUCAGAUAUGAUUUAGCGCAAUCAUUACAUCAAUUAAUACAUUUAAUAAACGAAGAAAAUCUUUAUUCGAACGCGAUAUUAUAUCCUGAAGUAUUUACAAUUCCAAUAUCAACACCGUCAUCCUCAUCAAAAGCAGGCGAGGUGAAGUUCAUACCAUAUAGUUUAUUUAAAAAUUAUCAAGAAAUUCUUUAUUAUAAUUCUCCAGUAGAAAUGCAAAAUUGGAAAAAUCAAGUUAAUAAUGAAUUUGGUGAACUUUUAGUUAAAUUAGAGAACAGUAGGAGUAAUGAUAAUAGUAGAAGAAAUAGUAAAACUGAUAGUUCUAAUAAAUUUGAUUUUAAUAACAUUGAAAUGUUAGUAGAAGAAAGUAAAACUGUUGAAGAAAUCACUGAUAAUGAACUUGGCGCCGAUGAUGAUAGAAUAAAUAAAGAACAAUAUUUAAACUCUUCAAUUACAAUAUCUACUUGGAAUAAAGAAGAAAGAUGGUUUGAAAUUAUAAAAAGAUUAAAUUUUGCAAAUGUUUUUUAA